CCCGGUACCGAGCAGGGCGGCUCUUGGCGCGGUGGGUUAUCCCGGUACCGAGCAGGGCGGCUCUUGGCGCGGUGGGAUAUCCCGGGACUGGGCAGGGCGGCUCUUGGCGCGGUGGGAUAUCCCGGUACCGAGCAGGGCGGCUCUUGGCGCGGUGGGAUAUCCCGGGACCGGGCAGGGCGGUCCUUGGCGUUCCUGGGGAUGCUGUACCGGGCAGGACGGACCUUGGGGGGAUGCGAGACUCCCGGUACCGGGCGGGACGGUCCUCGGAGGGGUGUGUGACCCCCGGUACCGGGCGGGACGGACCCCCGGGGCUGGGUAGGACGAUCCUCGGCGGUGGCUCCGGAGCGCGGCUCCUCCUGUCUCGGUACCGGCGGUGUCCCCGCAGCGCCGGGCGGGGGUGGCGGUGCCGGGAUGCCCGGUGUCCCCGCGGUACCGGUGUGCCCGGUGUACCCGGUAUACCCGGUGUACCGGUGCUGACGGCUCUCUCUGUUCCCGGCACAGCCAUGGAGGUGCAGUCCUACUACACCAAGCUGCUGGGGGAGCUGAACGAGCAGCGCAAGCGGGAUUUCUUCUGCGACUGCAGCAUCAUCGUGGAGGGCAGGAUCUUCAAAGCCCACAAGAACAUCCUGUUCGCCAACAGCGGCUACUUCCGAGCGCUGCUCAUCCACUACAUCCAGGACAGCGGGCGGCACAGCACGGCCUCGCUGGACAUCGUCACCUCCGAGGCUUUCUCCAUCAUCCUGGAUUUCCUCUACUCCGGGAAGCUGGAUCUGUGCGGGGAGAACGUGAUCGAGGUGAUGUCCGCCGCCAGCUACCUGCAGAUGACCGACGUGGUCAACUUCUGCAAAACCUACAUCAGGUCCUCCUUGGACAUCUGCAGGAAAAUCGAGAGGGAAGCGGCUUUUUACCAGGCUGACAGCGGCAGCUCAGCCAGGGAGGGCACCUCCCUGGGCUCCAAGAGCUCUGCCUCCGUGUCCUCCCUGCAGGAGAAGGAGAGGAUCCCGGGGUGCCAGCAGGACCCUCCCUGCGGGGACUGCAGCAGCUGCCACCCCCUGGAGCUGGUGGCCAGGGACCCUCUGAGCAGCGACUCAGAGCUGCCCAAAGUGGUGCAACCCAAGGUGGAAUUCGACCCCGACGAGGUGGAGGUGGAGGUGGGCGAGCGGCUGCCGCAGUAUCCCACGCCGAUAUCGCUGGAGCAGAUGGAAGAGGGGCAGCCCGUGGAGCUGUGCAAUAAUUACCACAUGAAGCAGUUCCUGGAGGCUCUGCUGCGCAACAGCUCGGCCCCGAGGAAGGAGGACGUGGUGCAUCACUUUGUCCGGGGAUUUGAGGGUAGGGCUGAGGAUGCAGGAGUAGCCGUGAGCUCCAUGAUGGACAUUCACAGCGACUGGUAUGGUGAGGACACAGGUGACGUGCUGGUGGUGCCCAUCAAGCUGCACAAGUGCCCGUUCUGCCCUUACACGGCCAAGCAGAAGGGGAUUCUCAAGCGCCACAUCCGCUCUCACACCGGGGAGAGGCCGUACCCCUGUGACACCUGCGGGAAACGCUUCACGCGCCAGGAGCACCUGCGCAGCCACGCGCUCAGCGUCCAUCGCUCCAACAAACCCAUCAUCUGCAAGGGAUGCAGGAGAACCUUCACCAACAGCUUGUCCCAGGGGCUGAGGCGCUUCGGGCUCUGUGACAGCUGCACCUGUGUCACCACCACCCACGAGGACUCGGUGCCCAUCAACCUCAGCCUGGUGGAAACGGCCUCGGAAGGGCAGGAAAAAGGGGAUGCUGACAAUGAUUGGCCCAUCUAUGUGGAGUCUGGAGAGGAAAACGAGCCAGCUGAGGAUGAUGAUGGUGAUGACAAGCAGGAAAUUCACCGGAGUUUGUCGGACAGAGAGACUUUGAUGUAGCAGUGAGAGGAGAGGGGGAGCACUGAGAGGUUCCCCGGUGAUGUUUGUGACAGAAAACUGCACAUUUGCUCAAUCAGUGACACUGUGCUGGGUUCUAUUAUUCUGGUUUUCAAUUAAAUCGUGGGGAGAAUUGGAAUUUUUUAAUAUUUUUUAAGUUUUUAGUGCUGUGCACCAGAAAUCUGUGAAGAAUCUUCUGUCUGGGGCUCACAGAGGUUGGACUUGAGCAGUUUCUCUGCCUCCUGGUUUUGGUUUUGCAGGUGGAACACCUCUGGGUUGUUUUGGGGACAGGUUUCUUCAAAUAAUGAGUCAUCAUCCUUAAUCCCAGAUCUGAAAGUGGCACCACCUUUUCUCUGAAGAUGACAUGAAAUGUGGUUUACAUCUCUUACCUUGGGAGUUGUCCAAGCUAAUCUGUAAUCCUUCUGUUUUAGGACAGUGUUAUCUAAAUUAUGAACCAUAAAUGUUCAGUGAGACUGGAUUUGACCUGGAAACCAGGGCAGAAAAACCAGGAUAACAAAAAAAAAACCACAACAAAAAUAUGCUGCUGCUGAAAGGACAGGAAGAAUAAAUCUACUUCACAUAAUUAAGUGCAGGAAUUUAGAAAUCAAGCUUCUCUUUCUGAAUUUUUCUGCAUCUUCCACUCCUAAGAGCUCAGGCUGUAAAUCUCCAGCUGUGUCUUUAAUGUCACUCAGAUAUCAAUAGUCUUGGAUUAAAUAUUAAGCACAAAUAGUGAUGUUUUAGUGGCCAGGACUAAGAGAAAAGCCCAAAUUCUUUUCAGCUUUUUACAAUAGGAGUUAAAAGCUGUCAGGCAGGUUCCUUGGGAAUUCUGACUGUGACAGAUUGAAUAACCAGAUCCACACCUGGUGUAGCUGAGGAGCAGUGAAAUAUCUGAGAUGUGCUAUAAAAGAGCUCUGAAUGCCCUUUUGGAAUCCUUUUCUUUCUCUUUUAUUGUAAUUUCUUUUAGAAUUUGGGGAUCCUCUCAUGAUUAAUGUUUUGUGAUUUUAUCCAAUUUUUUAUUAUAAUUUUAUUUUAUUUUUUUUAUAUAGUCCUCCACUGUGGACCUCCUGUUUCUUUGCUGGAGCAGCUAAAGGUUUUCAAAGGAGGUGAGAUUUUCUCACCUUUCCAGCAGCAAGUUUUUAAGAGCUGUUAAAAUUCAGGCUGGGAAGCUUUAGAAGAAAACCCAGUACCACCAGAAAGCCUGUUUGCUUAGGGGUGACCUCCUGUUCCCUGACAAAGGGACAAAACUGAAAUAUACUGUGAAAUUUGACUGUUAAUGUUUCUUCACUCUGCUGCUCCUAGGUGUUUCAUGAAAAGGCAAAUUUGAAGCAGAAUUCUGUAGGCAGAUUUGGCUGACACAGAGUGAGCAGUUCCUCCCACUUGGUGCUGUUUCCUGAGGGUUUUGGUAAAGAUUUUCCACUUGGCAAACCUAAAAAACCCAAAAGCCCUCUGAUUUAACCAGGCAUUUCUUUUUUUUUUCUGUGUUCCUCGUGCUUUUCUUGUACACGUUGAAAAAGAGCAAUUCAGCUUCUCCCUCUGCUUCAUCCAGCAGUGAAACAAUCCCACUGUCAUGUCAGAUUUAUUUGUGAGAGGUGAUUCUGCUCUCACAAGUGCAGCCAAGGAUUCAUUGCCACACCAGGUAAGAAGAGGAAAGAAGAAACAAAGAUAUUUUUAAAUAAUUCGCUUUACUGCUGGCUGCUGAAAAGAGCAGAAGGAAAAGAGAUUUAUUUUGGAGUGGUCUGGUCCAAGUUCUUGAUGAGUGUCACCACGUAAUGUGCUGGUUUUAUUUUUUGUCCCUUAAUUUGGGUGAGUUUCAGUCAUCUCUGUUCCAGGGCAGCUGGAAAUUUGAGUUUGUAGGAGCUGGAACACAGGACAAGACCUUCACAAAAUUCCCUGCUCUGGAGCCCCUGUUUUAGUCAAUCUGAAUUAAGAGACAUUGAAGGGACAGCUCAGGGAGGUGCCACGUUUGGAGUUGAACUCCUCUGACAAUCCUGCUGUGGUUUUGGCUCCUUGGUGCUCUUGAAAACCUGAGCAAAACGUGGGGCUUGUAAAUCUCGCUGGAAUCUUUGGAAAAGCACCUUCCAACCUCCCAGGGUUUGUCUUUUGGACUGCUGGAUUUUUGAUGAAUCCACCAAAAACCAAAGGCUGAUAAAGGAGGGACUUCCUGCCUUGAGAGCCAUGGAUAAUCUGAAUUUCAUGGGAGAUUCGGUGAUGGAAGUGGGGCAGGAAUGUAAAUAAGGAUCCAAUUAAUAUUUAAUGACCAGCUCUGGUCAUGAAGAUUCCACCUCAUUGUAAAUAUUGCUAGAAGCCACUAGACCUGGAAUAUCAGCUCAGCCUGGUUCUGGCUGGUGCUCCAGAAGGUUGGGAAGUUCCUGGUGUGAACUCUGAGCCUGUGGAGACACUUGGAGCAGGGAAAAUGAACCCUUUGGAAGCUGCAGGAAUGGCUGCAGAGACCUUUUCCUUUCACCCUGCUGUCUUUGGUCUUAGAGAUUGUCCUCGUGUGUUUGUGCCUAGAGAAUGGAGCUGUCAGGGGUCCGGGGCGGGCGGGGGGUGGCUUUUCCACAGGGAAAAUUCCACCAAACUCGGUGUUUCCUGGGAAAUUGUCAUUUUGUGCUGCUUUGUUUUUGUUUCCCGUGGAGUCUUUUCAGCCUUUGGAUGUAGAAGAGGAUGGAGUUUAUCCACGUUUUUGUGACCGGGGUGUUCAUGUAAAUCCGUUUGCUUGUGCUUUCCACUUUGUUUUCUGGAUGUUUUUUCCUGAAAUCUUCCAUUUGUAGAUGCAGCCUCUACAAGCUUUGAGAAAAUGAUGUUGGCUGUUGAAAAAAAAACCUUCCUGUGGUGCUUGAUGAAUCAAAAAUCAUGUUUUUAGGGGAGUUCUUUCUAUUAGAAUCUCUUUCUCAAAGGUUUUUAAAGGCCGUGAAGACGACAUAUCCUAAAACUUAGCUCGUUGUACUUGACUUUAUUUAGGAAUACACAUUUUAAUGUAUUUUUGCACAGAAAUGCACUGUAUUUCACUGAAGGAAAUACAUGCUGCACUGGUAUUUGUAGUGCAUUUAACCUCUUGGUGCAAAGCCCUUGUAAAUCUUCCAAAUGCUGUCGUUGAAUUUCUUAAUGUUUUGUAAGACAGUUUCAUAACCGAAGUCCUUUAGUCCAGUAAUGAUGACAAAUUCUUAUAAACUGAACCUUAUUUGUGGAAGUGACUGAAUUAUAUUUGUGGAUCUUGGAGCAUUCUGGAGUUUUUUUGACUGUCUAGAAAAUAAAACUCUCUGAGAGGGUUGCUUUGA